GCUCGUGGGUGGCCGGUACUUUUCAUCAUCGAUGCUGCGUGUAUGGUGGUCCUUGGCUCCAACUUUGUAGAUACUGAAAACUCAAAAAACCUUCUAGUAGUUUAAACGUUUAUGCUGGAUCACUGAACUCUUCGUUUGCAUUUUCAAUGAUCAUCUCAUGACAAUGUGGCUUUUUUUUAUAAUUUUUCUAUUCACUCUUACGAGUCCAGUAAAAUUGGAGCUGGAUCACAUUGAUCCAACCAGUAACAAUGGUGAAGCUAAUUCUUGGACUGAAUUGGGUCCGCGCCUUGAUCGAUAUCCUGUUGGAGAUUUACCAUCAAAUCACGUUCACUGUAAAAAACCUGCAAAAUGUGUUCGUAUAAACAAUGCUACUUGUAUGGGCACAGGAUUACCUUAUGAUACCACCACUUUGGACCUUAUUCCUGAAUUCACAACUUACGAUAUUAUAAAAGAAAAGUUGUUUGUUCUUCAAGCUUUGAAACAUAUUCCAAAGUGUUGGACCGUUGUUCAACCGUUCUUGUGUUCCCUGUUUAUGCCAAAGUGCGUAAAUGAUACAGUGGAUUUACCAUCAUAUGAAAUGUGUAAAAUAGUGUCAGGACCUUGCAGAAUACUUUUCAAUCAUACAAUAUGGCCAGACUUUGUUAGAUGUGAUGAUACUAAAUUGUUUCCUCGCAUGUGUAAGAAUGAUUUUCAUGGAGUGAAGUUUAAUACAACAUCUAGUUGCCUUAGUCCAUUAGUGCCUACAGAUAAUAUUGAUGCUGUUUUUGAAGGGGUUGAAGGUUGCGGAAUGCCUUGUAGUGACCCUUUGUAUGACAAAGAUGAACAAAAACAAAUUAAAUUUUUUGUAUCACUUGCAGCAAGCAUUUGUGGAGGAUUGAAUCUAUUUACAAUAAUUACUUUCUUUCUUAAUUGGCGAAGUUCUAAUAAAUACCCAGCUUUAGUAGUAUUUUGGAUAAAUUGUUGUUUUUUUAUUUUUUGUAUUGGUUGGCUGUUACAAUUUCUACCUGGAGUUAGAGAAAACAUUGUUUGUAAAAAAGAUAACACUCUGAGAAUGGGUGAACCAAGUGGAUUGGAACUAUGCGUUAUUGUGUUCGUGAUGGUUUAUUAUUUUUCAAUGGCUGCCAUGGUUUGGUUUGUAAUUCUAUCAUAUACAUGGUAUAUGCGUUUUCAAGCAAUAGGAAAAAUUGAGGAUAGAAUACACAAAAAAGGAGCAUACUUUCAUCUACUUGCUUGGUGUUUGCCAUUGAUGCUGACAGUAACAGUCAUGGCUCUAGGUGAAAUUGAUGGAAAUUAUGUAACUGGGAUAUGUUUUGUUGGUUACAAUAAUCAUGCAGUUAGAACUUGGUUUGUUCUUGUUCCUGUGAUAAUUGCUUUACUAAUUGGGACUUACUUUUUAUUCAGAGGUUUAAUAACUCUUAUUUGUAUUAAAAUUAAAAGUCAAGAGGUUUUAUCAGAAAAAUACAGUUCCAAAAUAAGACAAACAAUAGUACGAGUUGGAUUAGUUGCUGUUUUUAAAAUACUUGCUGUAGUAAUAACAGUUUAUUGUCAUUUCUAUGAUUUUGACCAUACUUUGGAAUGGAAGCAGAGCUUUAGAGAAUACAUGAUGUGUUCUAUAACAACUAAAUAUAUUGAUAUAGCUGAGUGUAAAAUGAAAGCUAAACCAAGCAUUGCAAAGUUACAGUUGCAUUUGUUUGCUCCAUUUUUUGCUGGUGUAUUGAUGUCUUCUUGGGUUUGGACCAGAUCAACAGUUGAUACUUGGGGGCGAUUUUUUAUAAGAAUUUUUAAGGACAAGAGCAAGGAACCGAUAAGGUUGCAGAAGCAUAAAGUGAUAGCCCAAGCAUUUGCUAAACGUAAAAUGUUCAACAAUGCUGGACGUUUAUCUAUAAGCUUCCAUAACAGUCAUGAAGAUCCUGUUGGUCUGAAUUUUGAUUUUAAUUCCGCAGCUUCACAAGAUUUUAGUUCAACUUGGGCUGCCGCCUUACCAAAAUUAGUACAUCGUCGAGGAGCUUUAGUCGGUGCCUCAGUGUCGAGCAACCGAAGAAACUCUACUGACUCACAGUACAGCUUUAGUUUACGUCGUGUAUCAAUAGAAUCCCGAAGAAACUCAUGUGAUUCUCAGUUUGCAUUAUCCAUCAGCGAAGUGAAGGCCGAACUAAAAACUAGCAGAGUUAACAAAAAUAGAAAUGGUAAACGCCGUAAAAAAAACCACGAACGUGGAAGGAAGCGAUCAGAAAUUUAUAAGAGAAAUAAACGAGAGCUAGACAAAACUCGUACCGGGAAAACUUCAAUAAUGCCAUCGUUCAGACGAGGCAGUACAACCUCUCAAGAAAGUCAAUUGGGAAUACAAAUUUUGCAGGCAUUGUCAAUAGGUACAACAACUACAACUACCGUUCCGCUACCGAAUUUAAAGCGUCGAGUUGGUUUAAAUGAAGGUCAACUGGCUAUAAAAGAUGUCGAGCGAUUGCUUCCAUUUUUACUGCCACGCCAUAGCGACAGCGAAGAUAAUCUCAAUAGUCAAGGUGCAAAUAACCAGCUUGCUUGUGAAGUCACUGAAAAUGGAUGUAUCGACAAUGUUGAAGCUAUUAGUGAAAUCGCGCAACAGCAAACAUGUGAUAAUCAACCAGACAGUGAAGACGAAGAAGAUAGCCAAUCAGAAGAACAUAGAAAAAUGAUGAAACCUGAGAUGUGCGAACGUAGCUGGAGUAAAAUUAGUAAUCGCGGUUGUAGGAGUAAUAGACGAACCUCGGCGGAAUCCCAAACUAAGUACACUAUCGAAGAUGAAACAGUUCUUAAGCAUCUUCUGCAUAACAAUGCAGAAACAAAUGAUGUGAACAAUGAUGAGGAGAUCGAAUCAAACAACGGGGAUAUUGACUUGAGUAGAUCUUACUCUGACUUGAAAAAUCAACGACGACUAGUAGAUCAAUCUUCUUUUAAAGCACGAGAAAUGGCAACUCAAACAAUGCCGUUUGAAAUAAUUGAAAUGGAAGCACUCAAAAAGAGUAUCGAUGACAUUAUUAAUAGUCGUAAUUUUAGUAUGAAAAAUAUGUCUCUAAAAAAAAAUAAAAAACAACCAAAGUGAUUAAAGU